AUGGCGUUCACGGGCCGAGCACAAGUAAUUCACAGCGGCCAUUUUAUGACUUCAAAUUUGCACAAUGAUGACGCCCAGGCUGAUGAUGACGAUGAAGAUAUUGAAGUCGAUGUUGUUCAAGAUGAUGAGAAAUCUGAAGAAACUACAACCAUAAAAAAUAAGCAGUUGGAUGAGAAACCAGUCACGUUCUACAAAUUUGGUCCGAAGAAAACACAAUCGAUUGCCAUUGAUGUAUCGUUGAACAAACUCAACAAAUGUAUUAAAGUCGCUUACAAUAAAAUGACAACGCCAAAGUGGAAAGAUUUCAAAGGUUUGCGAUUACAUUGGAAACAACGAAUUCGUUUGAAUAAUGUUAUAUGGAGAGCAUAUUAUAUUGAAUUUCGAAGGAAGGCUCCUGUAAAACCGAAAAAACCAUUUUGUUAUUUCGCAGUGCCCGACGAUGAUACGACGCAUCAAAAAAUUGAGGGAGCUGUAAUGGAAGGAAUGUACUGGAAAAGAAGGAUGGAGGCUGUGUGUGCACAAUACAAAAGCUGGCGUGUCAGAUCUCGUCAUACCCUUCUCGCUGAACGUGGAAUGGUCGCGACGUGCUCAUCGAACAGCAUUUCGAGCAUUGCCGGUGAUUUGUUCAAGAGAAAACGAGUAAGUAAGGCAAAUUCAAUUGAGCGAACUGUUAAAAUAACGGAGCCGCCGAAUAAAAUGCAGCGUUCCCAAACUCCAAAACAUUUGGUAUCGGAAGAAUGGAAUUAUGAUGACGAUAUGAAUAACGUGUUCACCGAUGAAUUGUUCGAUUCACUAUCGCAGCCUUAUAUGUUUCCAAAUCCAAAGGAAAUGAUGAGUAAUGGGAAUGCGGAUUUCAUGCAGCCCGGUCUGCUACCGUUGCAACCAACGAUCGAAGAGAUCAUGGCCUCUCUUGAUAACUUCCCCGAUUCGCCGAUUGCCGAUCACCAGUCAAUGCGAAUGAACGACGAUACCUCGCCGACAACGCAACAAUCGGAGCCGACAACAUCUUCGAAUUCGUUCUCAGUUGUGAACAGUGAAAUGCAUCGGUCGUCAUCAUCAUCAAACUCAUUGCAUCAAAUGACGUCACGCGAUUCGUCGAAGAAUCUACAACAGCAUCAACAACAACAGCAACAACGGGAGUAUGUGAAUCCGACAACUUCUCUGAUUGAUUACAACAAUCAAAUGACAAUGAUGCCGACGAGACAGUCAUCGGCAAUUACUUCGCAAAUGUUGAUGCUGAGUCAAAGUGCGAGCACGUCUUCCGCUGCUCCGCAGUAUGCAAUGUCUUCGCAUUAUUCAACGGGCAACUCGUUUCUUCCAACGUCGCGGAAUGUGUUCGCCAAUCAGCCACAGCAAUCAUGGAAACAACAAAUGCCUGGCAAUUUUCUAGCGAAUCUGCCGAACAAUUCGCUUUCUCGACCCGGAAUUUUGCAAUCGAAUUCAAUUUCAUCUGAUCCAUACAUGCCGCAAUUUUUACAAUCGCCGCAUAAUAAUGUAAUUCUUCAAUCGAAUGAUCCCAUGAUGGCUCCGACGCGGAGUUGGUGGCUAGAUUCGCCGCUUACGGCAAGUGUUCAAUCGCCACUUUCGGUUGCAACACCAUUGCCGCUUCCGAACCAAGGAGGACCAUCAACACCAUUAAAUCUGAUGGGAUCAGACAGUUCAGCUACACCGCCUUCCGCGCUGAUUCAACAAGUCCUUGAUUCUCCCAGUCGAGCUGGACUACGUGUGGGAGGAACUUUGAUGCAGCGAUUGGAACAACCACCGAUACUUGAUAAACUUCAAAAGUCGUUCACACCAAUCACACCACAACAACAACAAAUGGGAGGAGUCGAUUUUUCGUCGUCAAUUACUCGAUUGCGCACAAGUUCUUUGAAUGUUGAUUCUCAGUCGUGGAAGAUUCCUCAAAUCGACACAUCUCAGAUUUAUCAGCAGCAAAAUACGGGACUCACCGCCAACGUGAUUCGUCCCUCGUUAAUUAAUCCAUCAAGCAGCACUCCAUCAGCUUUUGGAAGUCCCCCUAUACGAAGUCAACCUCAACCGUCGCCACAGAUUCAAACAUCUCUGCCACCACAACAACCUCCACCGCAACAGCAAUCACAAUCUCAACAAACGUCUGUAACUCCACCAGCCAAGGCAACGCCGCAACAACAGCCACAACCGCAGCUACAUCAUCCAACGCCCCGAAGUGAACUACCGAAGAUUAUACCACCACCUGAAAUGCCACGACAAAAAUCAUGCGAGAUUCCGCCGAAAUCCGAACAUCGCGAGCCUAAAGAAGAGCCACAGAUGAUGAGUGCGCCAUCGAGCGUUAAGUCUAUGCGAAAACAGGUUCCAGAUUCGACGCUUCAUCCAGAAGAACGAAAACGAAUACUUCACCUUCAUGCGGAGCAGAAUCGUCGAAGCGCGCUAAAAGACGGUUUUGAUCAGUUGAUGGAUAUGAUUCCGGAUUUAUAUUCUGGGGGAGUAAAGCCAACAAAUGCUGUUGUUCUUGCGAAGGCCGCGGAUCACAUUCGCAAACUGCAAAAGACGCAAAAAGAGAAUGAGAAGAAGAAAGAAAAGAUAAAGGCGAAAAUUGAGAAACUGAAUCAACAGAUCACGGCACUUCAAACCAAUUUGCCGGCGUCUAGCAAUUCUGCAUCAUCUUCGGCUCAGGUUGAUUCAAAGACUUCUCUUGAGAAUUUCUUUGAUCGAUAUACCAAAGAGAAAUCGAAGGCUGAUUGGCGUUUCUGGGUGAUGAGCAAAAUGCUUCAACCGAUUUGUACAGGAAACACGAACUCGUUUGCAUCUUGUGUGGCUGGCGAAACGGCGUCGCGGCAGGACAUCGCGGCAUCGUGUUCAGAUUGGAUUCAACAGAAUUGGCAACCAUCCGAGCUUAGGCCUCUUGCUAGUACACUCUUGGUCCAUCUUGCGACAAACACCGACAUUCUCACAGAGCCAAAAAGUCUUGAAGAUUAUGUUGCAAAAAAUAUGAAAAACCCAUUUUAG